UGUAAUUUAGUAUUAUUAGGUUAAGUGAAAGUUUUCCCGCCAAAGAUACCUCUAAGUUUCUACAAAAAACCGUUUAAUUGUUGUGAAAAAUGGAAGAUGAUAAUUUGGAGCGGCGCCCCAAGAGACAAAAGCGGGACUCCUCGUACAAAGCCAAAGCCUUCGAGAGGUUCAAACAACUCAAAAGCGGUACCCGAAACAAGUACGAAGUCGAAGAAAUCGACAAUGUUUACGAGACGAUCGAUGAAAGGGAGUACACUAAGAAGGUCCUCCAGAGACAAGAAGACGACUGGAUUGUCGAUGAUGACGGCAGUGGCUACGUGGAGGACGGACGCGACAUUUUUGAUGAUGAUCUCGACCAACAGUCGAUUGCUGCGGCGGCUGCCUCUGGUAACAAAAAGGGGGUAAAGCGGAAGAAGAAGGUCGCUGAGAAUGCAGGAAAGGGGAAUUUGCACUCCCUCAUUUCCAACAUGCCGACAAAAAAGAAAGAGGAGGGAAAGUUGGAGGAGGAUGAAACCCUGGCCGAGCUUCUACAAGAAAUGGACGACGCCCCCACGACUCCGAGUCUCACGCAGCGGAAACCCAAAUCCGUGACCAACAAUUUUUCACCUUUGUCGGUCAAGCAGGCUGAGAAAGAUUACAUGAAUAAAUUUUCAUCUUUGAGGAAACCGGUGAUUCAGCGGGUUAAAGACAGCCCCACUGUACAAAAAAAGGCGCAAAAUGGAGUACACAAUGUAGAUGUCCCGAUUAACCCUUUUAGAAAAAUCCAAAGUGAACCCAAAAUUGUUGAACCAGAACCUGAACCAAGUGUCCCUGAAUCUCAAACCACCAUUCCUGACUCUCUAGCAGAUCAUUCUGAAAGUAUUUCAGACAGUCAAAUGGCUGACCCACUAAGUGAAUCAGUCUGUGAAGACGUGACUGAAAAUGACUGUUUCGACGACGACUUAGACAUGUCUCAGGUGGAAGCCCCCGUGGCUAAAAACGCAGCCAAAACCGAGCUUCUGAACAACCUUGAAGCGGAAAUGUUGCGCGAUUGGGCGACUGAAGAGCCUGCGGUUGCUGAGGCCCCCAUUAACUUGGAAAACUCGGACAUCCCUCUGACGGAAGUGGACGGCAAGAAGGUGUUCCGGUUCUUCUGGUGGGACGCCUUUGAAGACUCCCUGAAGCAACCAGGAGUGGUAUUUUUAUUUGGGAGAACGUACCACGAGAAAACCAAAUCAUUCAUUAGUUGCUGCGUAGCGGUCCGCAACAUUGAAAGAAGAAUUUUUUUCCUACCUAGAGUGACAGAAAAAAAUUCCGAUAAGCCCGUUUCGUCCCAGGACGUCUUCACCGAAAUUAACCAAUCCGUGAUGAAAAACAUGCAAAUUAAAAAUUUCAAGGCGCGCCCUAUCCAGAAGAAGUACGCUUUUAGUCCGGAAAUUCCGGCCGAGUCGGACUAUAUUGAAGUCCGUUAUUCGGCGAAGGAUCCUCCUGUUUCCAAAACCGCUGAAGGCCGCACUUUUUCUCGGGUUUUCGGUGCCGAGAGUUCCUACCUUGAGAUUCUUCUUCUGGAUCGGAAAAUAAAGGGGCCGUGUUGGCUGGAUAUUGCUAAUCCGGCGGCGGUGCUCAACCCUGUCAGUUGGUGCAAAUUGGAGGUCAAUUGUACUAAAGUCGCUGAUAUUUCUAUAGCUAAAGAUGUGACUGGAAGGCCGCCUUUGGUUGUCUCUUCCAUAAAUAUGAGGCGCACUAUUAACCCCAAGACCGGUUCUAACGAAAUUGUGAUGCUGAGUUGCGUUACUAAUGUAUCUUAUUCUGUGGACAAGCAGGCUCCUACAGAGAAGUUUUUCCAGAAACACUUCUGUGUCUUCACCUGCCCCGACCAGCAAAUCCUCCCCUUCGACUUCCACGCCGCCACCAAAAACUACAAAGCCACCACCCUCCAGAAAAUGCACUCCGAGAAGGCCCUCCUCAACUACUUCAUCGCCCAGUUCGCCCUCGUCGACUGCGACCUCGUCAUCGGCCACGAUCUCCAGGGCUACCAAAUCAACGUCCUCAGCGAGCGCCUCGUCCACCACCAGAUCGCCACCUUCGGCAAGCUCGGCCGCGUCAAGCGCUCCCUCCUGCUGCGCCAGAAGCUCGAGCGCGAGCUCUUCGUGGGCCGCCUCGUCUGCGACAUCAAAAUCUCGGCAAAAGAACUAAUCAAGAGCCGCUCCUACGACCUGGACAGCCUGUGCCAGGCCGUGCUCAAGCUGCCGGACGGCGCACGAGUGGACCUGGAGCCCGAGGAGGUGGCGAAGAUGUUCCAAACCACCGGAGACAUCCUAAAGUUGGUGGCCUUGACCAUGCAAGACGCCGCCUACAUUCUAAAAAUCAUGUACAGUUUGAAUAUAGUGCCGCUAGCUCUGCAGAUCACCAACAUCGCGGGGAACGUGAUGAGUAAGACCUUGAUGGGGGGGCGGUCGGAGCGGAACGAGUUUUUGCUGCUGCACGCCUUCUCCGAGAAGGGGUACAUCGUCCCGGAUAAGUCGUACGGGAAGAAGGAUAAAGCGGAGGCGAAAGGGAGGAAAAAACCGACGUAUUCGGGGGGGCUGGUGCUCGACCCGAAAGUCGGUUUCUACGAUAAGUUGAUCCUGUUGAUGGAUUUCAAUUCGUUGUACCCUAGCAUCAUCCAGGAGUACAAUAUUUGCUUCACGACGAUGCCCACGGGAUUGAGCGAGGAUAACAUGGUGCUCCCGGAUAAGAGUCUUCCUCCGGGGAUUCUCCCAACCGAAAUCCGCAAGCUGGUGGAAAGCCGGCGCGAGGUGAAGAAGUUGAUGGCCAACCCCGACCUAAGCACCGACCAGCGCAUGCAGUACCACAUAAGACAAAUGGCCUUGAAGUUGACGGCCAAUAGCAUGUACGGGUGUCUCGGCUUCUCCAACUCGCGCUUCUUCGCCAAGAACCUCGCCGCCUUGAUCACCCACAAAGGUCGCGAGAUCCUCACCAACACCAAAGACAUCGUCCAACGCAUGAACUACGAAGUCAUCUACGGCGACACCGACAGUCUCAUGAUCAACACCAACAUCGUCGACUUCGACCAGGUCUCCCUCAUCGGCUCCAAGAUUAAGCAAGAAAUCAACAAGCUGUACAAGCAGGUGGAGCUCGACGUGGACGGCGUCUUCAAGUACCUCCUCCUCUUGAAGAAGAAGAAGUACGCGGCGGUUAUUCUCACGAGGGGGAAGAACGGCGAGCUGCGCACCGAGGUGGAGUACAAGGGCUUGGACGUGGUGCGGCGCGACUGGUCGCGUCUGGCCUCCGAGGCCGGCAAGUUCAUCCUGGGGGAGAUUUUGGGGGAGCAGUCGUCGGACGACCGCGUCGCCGGAAUUCUGGCGCACCUGCGCAAGCUGAGGGAGGACCUGGAGGGCGGGAAGGUGCCGCUUUCGUUGUUGGUCAUCACCAAGCAGCUCACGAAGAACCCGAGUUUGUAUAAUGACGUGAACACGCAGCCGCACGUGCAGGUGGCGCUGCGGUAUAAUAAGGAGUCGGGGGGGCACCUGAGGGCUGGGGAUACGGUGCCGUACGUGAUUUGCGACGACGGCAGCGGCAAGGCGGCCACGCAGAGGGCGUACCAUGUGGAGGAGCUGAAGAACUCGACGGAGUUGAAGGUGGAUGUUAAUUAUUAUUUGGCGCAGCAGAUACAUCCGGUGGUUAGUAGGAUCUGCGAGCCGAUUGAGGAGUUGGAUGCCUUCCAGAUUGCUGAUUGUUUAGGUAUCGACAGUUCCAACUUCAAAAAAACGAAGCAGAGCGACGAAUUCGGAGGCGAGAACAUCACCAAACCCGAAAUAAAAUUUCGCAACGUCGACAAAUUCGUCUUUAAGUGCUACAGUUGUAAAACCGAGAAUUGCGUGGAAGGACCGUUACACAAUAAUGUGCCAGUUUUGGAAAAGUGCGCCAACCCCCAAUGCAAAGUCAGACCAGCGGACUACGUAGGCUACGUCCAAAAUCAACUAAUAACAGCUAUCAACUCCUACAUUGAUAAGUACUACCUGUACGAAAUGUACUGUGAGGACCCGAUGUGCACGAACGAGACCACAGCCAUGCCGCUGAACUUCGCAGGACGAUUUCCCGUGUGCACGUCAUGCCAUAGCUCAGUCCUGCUGAAGAAAUACACAGAGAACGAUUUGUACUCCCAAAUCACGUAUUUGUAUCACAUCUUUGAUUUGAGCAAACUGGCUAGAAAACCUUUGCUGGACUACCAGGUGGAUAAAGCGUAUCAAGAUGUCAGGGGGACUGUGCAAAAGCGGUUGGAACAUUGCGCUUAUUCGACGGUUGAUUUAAGCGGGAUGUUUUCCGUGUUUUCGCAGAUUAAGGUGGAAGGUGGGGUGGAAGAAGGCGAUGAUUUUCCUGAAGAAGAGGAGGACUUGGAAGAUCUGGAUUAAUUUUUUAUUUUUAUCUUAUUUGUGUAUAUUGAAGUCGUUUAGUUUUAUUUUUAAUAGUGUACUGUUUUGAUAAAAAAAUGAGAAAAGUA